AUGGCUCGUCAUAUUGAUAAACCUGAGUGCCAUACGCUAAUUUUGGCUAGAAAACGCCGGGCACCCGAAGACAAAGGGAAGCAAGUUAAGCGAGUUAAGACAGAGGAACAGGAACAGCAAUCGAAAUUCUAUCGCAGGAGCGCGCGUCUAAGCACUAAAAACUGCCCUCCAUCUCUAUUGGGGGAGCCUCCCACACGCACCAACAACCGAAACCAGAAUACGAAAUCAAAUCAUGAAUGGCACUGUGAAGAUCAACCGCACCGCACUUCAAAGCGACCCCGACCGUCCACGAGCUCAGCAAUUGAACAUCCCUUUGUGGAAGAUCUGCGUGAUACUGCCAGCUGGAAGAAGGUUGAUCUGAUCAGACAUUGGUGCAAAAACGAUUGCUGGCCUAGAGAAUAUUUUGGAGCACAGCCUGGACAGAUGGAAAAGAUGAGCCAUCUUCUUGCAAAGAAGAAGUCAACCGCUUCUCUUCUUCAUAAAAGCUCAAAUUCAAGCCUUGUUACAAGUUCCAACACACCUACUGAUCAAGAGUCGAGAAACACAAAGAGUGUCAGGUACAGAAGUGCUACAUAUGAAACCGUUCUCGCUACUAAAGGCAGCUUCAUGCGCAAGUCAGAUCUAGGAAUAACAGAUAGAAGCAAGGAAAUUCUUAAGGAGUUGCUGAAAAAGGAUCAACCUGUUCCCAAACACACGCUAUUUCGAGAUGAUAUAUUUGACGAAUUUUGUCAAAGGCUACAAGGAAAGAAUGAGUCAAGAGUUAUCCAAGAUAUAUCUCGAUUAAUUGUGCCUUCGGCAGAAUCUCUCGCAGUUGAUGGGGACAGGAACCUUAAACACUUGGUUGAAAGUGUUAAUGAACAGUGGAACUCCUCCAUUGCUCUCUGUGGACCAUAUCCUCAGCCUGAUUAUGCGGUAGGGUUCAACCGUUCUGCGUUCACAGAAGACCAACUAAAGACGUUUGAGCCUUUCCUCGGCUACGACCCGGAUACCUACAGCUCCUUCUUCUUAGCCACCUUCUACAUGUACUUUCCAUUCUUGACCAGUGAAGUGAAGGGCACUGCCGCGCUCGACAUCGCUGACCGACAGAACGCACACAGCAUGACCCUUGCUGUAAGAGGUGUCGUUGAGCUGUUUAAACUUGUGGGACGUGAGGAGGAGAUCAAUCGCGAGAUCUUGGCUUUCUCGAUCUCGCAUGACCACAGGACAGUGAGAAUAUACGGCCAUUAUGCAGUCAUCGAGGGGAACAAGACAUCAUUCUACCGUCACCCAAUCAGAACAUUUGACUUUACCAGUGAGGAGGGGAAGGAUAAGUGGAGUGCAUACAAGUUUACCAAGAAUGUAUACGAUGUGUGGAUGCCAGAUCACCUGAGAAGGAUCCAGUCUGCCAUUGAUGAGAUCCCUUCCGGGGUUAGUUUUGAUGUUUCACAGUCAGACCUUGGACCCUCUCGAUCAAACGCCCCGUCAUUUUUAGAUGAGGAUGCCAGCCAAUCAAGUCAGGCCAGCCUUGUCGCUUCAGCAGAAGCUACACCCAAUACUUCCUUCACCCAACAGACGCAGGUAUUGAAGCGACCAAGGAAGCAUAAAUAG